AUGGCGGUUCCUUCUACCGCAUUGAUCAAUUUGAACGAGCCAGCUGACGGCGGUGAAGGGAAAAUCGAAGAUUGUGUAGAUACAGAGGAAAUAAAACCGACUGAGCUAUUGCGUUCUUCGAAUUCGCAGCUUCUUCGGGGUCCUGAAGUAGUCGAGGAAGAGGAAGACGGAGGUAAGACUCCGCGACGUUACGUUCCAUUGUGCGAUGUGUAUUCCGCUACUUCUCCUUGUGUGAGCUCCAUUAGUGGGGGUUCGAAGAAAGUGAAACCUCCUCACCUGGUUCAUCACCGGAAAUCGCUGAAUCAUCUCAAUGGGUUUGAUUCUUCUGACAAUGAUGAUACAUUUUUGUCAUCUGCCGAUGGGACAAUGGACGGAGUAAUAAUGGAGAGUAAUGGUAGCGUUGAGGAUAGGAGUAAUGCCGGUGAUUGCAAACGGAAACACAUUAUCACUAAGGUUUACUCUCGGCGAGACAAGGGCAAAUUUACUGGAAAGGUUAAAGAAGUGAAGGUUGAGGAUGUAGAGAAAGUGCAGGAAAAUUUGCGAUUAAAGGCUGUUAAUUUGAGUGCUGGGAAGGGAAAAGAACUGGAAGAAGUAGGGGUUGAGGAGGAGGUUGAUGAAUUGGUUCCCAAAAAAAUUAAGAGGCGAAAAGUUGGGGGGUACGAACUAGCAAAUCUAGGGGUCGAUUCUGCUGCAAUUAGGAAUUUAGGCAGCUUACAGUUCAGAGAACCUAGAAAAAGCACUGUUUUUAGUGGUAAAAGUCCUUACAAGAAUGUUAGUUCAGCGGAAACAAACGGGGUUGUAAAUAGUGUAAAAAAGAAAAUGCGGAAGAAUAAGAGUGAUUUGGAGAAUGAAGUUAAGAAUUCGGGCGCUUUCAGAAUGAAGAGAUGGAUGCGGUUGAGUUUUGAUGGGGCAGAUCCUGAUAAAUUUGUUGGACUACGAUGCAAGAUCUUUUGGCCUUUGGAUGCGGAUUGGUAUACUGGUCAGGUUCUUGCAUAUGAUUUCAAGACAGGCCGACACCAUGUCAAGUAUGAGGAUGGUGAUGACGAGGAAUUAAUUCUUUCAAAUGAGAAAACUAAAUUUCACAUUUCUCUGGAGGAGAUGCAGUUGUCAAAGUUGAGGUCCAGCGAUAAUUGCUCAGAUGGGGAUGGAAUUGAUGUCAAUGAGUUGAUGGUGUUGGCUGCUAGUUUGGAUGAUUGCGGAGAGCUUGAGCCUGGAGAAGUAAUCUGGGCGAAGCUUACUGGUUACGCAAUGUGGCCUGCGGUGAUUACGGAUGAAUCUCUUGUUGGCGAGCAUAAAGGAUUGAGUAAAACUUCAGGAGAAAAAUCAGCUCUUGUUCAAUUUUUCGGCACUCAUGAUUUUGCAAGGGUUAAAAAAAAGCAAAUGAUGUCAUUUCUUAGAGGACUUCUUUCUUCUUUCCACCUGAAGUCUAAAAAGGCAAACUUUCACCGGAGUCUGGAGGAAGCAAAAUGGUAUUUGAGAAAGCUAGAGCUACCACCGAGGAUGGCAAAGAUGAGAAAUGAAUUUCGGGCUGACAGUUGUAAUGGUGAAAUUGGAGAAGAUGAAAGUACUGAUUCAGAGAAAGAGACCAUCGGCAACAAAGAGAUUCAGAGAAGAAUUGAUGCAGUGAAAAGUUUUCCUUUUGAAGUUGGGGAUUUGCAAAUAGUAAACCUUGGGAAGGUUGUAAAAGACUCUGACAAUUUUCAAGAUGAGAAAUUUAUCUGGCCUGAAGGGUAUACUGCCUUAAGGAGGUUCUUCUCCAUUGCAGAUCCAAAUCUCCUCGUAACAUAUAAGAUGGAAGUGUGCAGAGAUGACGGUUUAAGAUCCCGUCCUGUUUUUAAAGUUACAUCAGAGAAUGGAGAGCAGUUUAGUGGAUCGACUCCUUCUGCCUGCUGGAACAAAAUUUAUAGAAGACUGAGGAAGACAGAAUCUGAGGGUCUGAAGGCAUCUGUACCAGAAAAGAAUUUUGACUCUGGUGCUGACAUGUUUGGUUUUUCGCAUCCUGAAAUUUCAAAACUGAUAAAGGAGUUAGCUACUUCCACAUCCAGACCUUCCUCUAAAGCCCACAAGAUAUCACGUGCAAGGUAUCAUGAUUUUCCCGUUGGUUACAGGCCUGUGGAUGUGAAAUGGAAAGAUCUUGACAAGUGUAAUGUCUGCCAUAUGGAUGAGGAAUAUGAAAAUAAUCUAUUCUUGCAGUGUGAUAAAUGCCGAAUAAUGGUCCAUGCUAGAUGUUAUGGUGAAUCAGAAACCAUGGACGGGGUUGUUUGGUUGUGUAACUUGUGUCGUCCAGGGGCGCCUGAACACCCCCCUCCUUGCUGCCUAUGUCCUAUUAUAGGGGGUGCCAUGAAGCCAACUACAGAUGGUCGUUGGGCUCAUCUUGCUUGUGCCAUCUGGAUACCAGAAACUUGCUUAUUUGAUGUCACGAAGAUGGAACCUAUUGAUGGUCUGAGUAGAAUCAAUAAGGACCGGUGGAAACUGUUAUGUAGCAUCUGUGGUGUUUCUUAUGGGGCUUGCAUACAGUGUUCCAAUCAUACUUGUCGAGUGGCGUACCAUCCCCUCUGUGCACGUGCUGCAGGAUUCUGUGUGGAGCUUGAAGAUGAAGAUGGAUUGCAUUUGAUUUCUCCGGAUGAAGAUGACGAUGACCAAUGCAUACGUCUCUUAUCCUUCUGCAAGAGGCAUAGGCCUGUAUCUAAUGACUCCUCCAUAGCCGAAGAUCGAAGUGGGCAAGGGACCUUUGAAUAUUCAGAUUACUCUCCUCCGAUCAAUCCCUCUGGCUGUGCUCGUGCAGAACCUUACAAUUUUGAAAGAAGAGGAAGAAAAGAACCGGAAGCCCUUGCUGCAGCUUCCUUGAAGCGUUUGUAUGUGGAGAAUCGGCCACAUUUGGUUGGUGGCUUUAGCCAACAUGACUGCUUUGGGGCUCGCUUCAGUGCACUUGCUGGUUCUAGAUUUUCAGCUGACCAGCUGAAUCUCAAAACAUCUCAUCUUGAUGCCUCUAGGGGCAUUUUAUCAGUGGCUGAAAAGUACAGAUUCAUGAGGGAAACCGUCAGAAAGAGGCUUGCUUUUGGAAAGUCAGGAAUACAUGGAUUUGGCAUCUUUGCAAAACAACCACAUAGAGCUGGAGACAUGGUGAUCGAAUACACUGGUGAACUUGUUAGGCCUUCAAUAGCCGAUCGAAGAGAACAUUUGAUUUAUAAUUCGUUGGUGGGUGCUGGUACCUAUAUGUUUAGAAUUGAUGAUGAACGUGUUAUUGAUGCCACGAGGGCUGGAAGCAUUGCUCACCUGAUUAAUCAUUCGUGUGAACCAAAUUGCUAUUCAAGAACAAUAAGUGUGAAUGGAGAUGAACACAUAAUAAUCUUUGCCAAAAGAGAUCUUAAACAAUGGGAGGAGCUGACCUACGACUACAGGUUUUAUGCUAUUGAUGAACAGCUUGCUUGCUACUGUGGUUUCCCAAGAUGCCGGGGAGUAGUUAACGAUCCUGAAGCUAAGGAACGAACUGGGAAACUAUAUGUACCUCCCUGUGAAUUAAUUGAUUGGAAGGGGGAAUAA